AGAGGACAGCGAGGAGUGAGCCAGACGCCGGGGCUUUACACGGGAAUCAUGGCGGCGCCGCUCCAGCGGGACACCUUACCUGAGAACUGGUCCUAUGGGGUGUGCAAAGACGGCAGGGUCUUUUUCAUUGACGAUGAGUCGAGCGCCAAUACUUGGCUUCAUCCCCGAACCGGUGAACCCGUGAAUUCUGGACACAUGAUCCGGUCGGAUCUGCCAAAUGGUUGGGAGGAAGGAUUUACGAAGGAAGGAGCGAGUUUCUUUAUCGACCAUAAUCAAAGGACGACUACAUUCAUACAUCCUGUAACAGGCCAGAUCUCUUCUGAGAACACUGAAUUCACCCUUCUGGACCAGACGGGCAGACACAUGGUGAAGCAACCGCAGACGGACGCGCGGCCCUCCAGCACCAUCAGUGAGGCCUCCACCGCUGUCACCUCAUCCACUGUGGACACCAAUUCAGGGUCAAAGGGAUCUAGGUCCAGUGGAAAGGUCCAUAGCUUUGGCAAACGGGACCAUUCCAUAAAGAGGAAUCCCAGCGUUCCUGUUGUUGUAAGAGGAUGGCUCUACAAACAGGACAGCUCCGGGAUGCGACUGUGGAAGAGGAAAUGGUUCGUUCUGGCUGAUUUUUGCCUCUUCUACUACAAAGACAGUCGUGAAGAGUCAGUGUUGGGUAGCAUCCCUCUACCCAGUUAUACCAUCUCUCCUGUGGGACCUGAAGAUCACAUCAGCCGCAAAUAUGCCUUUAAGGCGACACACACAGGGAUGCGCUCGUACAUUUACAAACACAGUUCUGUGAUUGGCUCGCAGGCGGAGCACACUGGGAUGAGGACGUACUAUUUCAGUGCAGACACGCAGGAGGACAUGAACAGCUGGGUCAGGGCUAUGAACCAGGCUGCCCUGAUGCAGACACAGACAGUGAAGAGAGAGGUGUUGGAUCAUCCAGAUCAAGCGGACGUUUCUGCCAAACUCGGGCAGAAGGCUGUUCCUCAGACCAAUCACAUCAACAGCUAUGUGAUCCCUGAACCUGAGGUCAUCCAGAGCGACGGGCUACCCGAGGUGAAGCCGGACACAUUUGUGGGAGAGGUGGAGAGUCAGGUUGCCCCGAGAGAGAUGGAGCAGUUGAGGGCUAGGUCUCCAGCGAGCAAGGUAGUAGCGGUGGAAGUUUUAGGUCCGGGAUCCCAAGUUCCUUCUCGUGCGCCGUCCAGGGCCGUAUCCACCCCACCGGUCAUACUGAGGAAUGGAACGCCCUUGGAACAGAAUGGUACGGGAGGGUAUCAGAGAGGGCCUACGCCUUCUUCUCAAACUCCAGUAAAGGUACAGAGGAAAAGCACUCUGGAGCAGGUGGAAAACUGGGUCAAAGUUCAGAAAGAUGAGCGCAGGGGGUUGGUUGUUACCGAUGGAACAAUCCCACGCCGGACGCCUCCCAUUCAUCCAAAGUACGGCACAAUAGAGAAGUACCAGUCUUUACCCAAAACCCCAUGGCACAGCCCCCCCACAGCCCACCGCCAGUUGCCCAGUGAAUACAAAUAUUCCCACGACCGGCUUAACCACUUACAGCGGCCCGUGACGCAUGAAAACACGGUUUGGCAGCUCUACGAGUGGCAACAGCGCCAGCAGUUUCGCCACGGCAGCCCCACCGCCCCCAUAUACACUCCAGCUCCAGACUACUCCACCGCCGUGUCCUCCACCAGACUCAAUUCAGACGUCUCUCGCUCCGUCUCUGUGCCCCCCACCCUGGCGGAUAUCCCUCCACCUGGACCUCCCGGGCCCCGGAUGCUGUCCCCCCGCAGACCCCACACGCCCGCAGGACGUGUUACAGUCAAACCUCUGGAUGAUCGGCCGGCUGUGGAAGUGCCACCAUUGAACUUACCUCACCGUGCACGCUCUUAUAAGUCGGCAACAAUAGAGAGACGAUCAGUUCCAACGUCCGGCUACAUCACACACACAAUCAGUGCACCCAGCCUUCAUGGAAAAACACCGGAGGAGCUCACCCUUCUCCUCAUCCAGUUACGGAGACACCAGGCCAUGAUGGCGGGUGUGCGCAACGAUGCGCUGGCCCACCUCCAGCAGUUGUCUCGGGUGAAGGCAGAUGACACAUACAAGCAUUUGAAGAAGGACCUUGAAUAUUUAGAUCUGAAGAUGAAAAGUUUAGAGCCCUUGAUCCUCGUGGUUCACAGUGUGUUACAAACCUGCUCUGCGGGGGGGUUGAGAUCGCUCUGGAACGUGAGCGGAAAUGAGAGUCUGAAAGCACGGUUGACUAAACCGGUGAAGGUGGCGGAAAGUGAUGUGGAUGUGACAUUGAGUCGACUGUGUGAACAGAAUAAAAUCCUGCAGGAGUUUGAGCUCAGACUCAGCGGACUGAAGGAAGAUAAGGAUAAGCUGGAGUCUGUUCUGGAUGUGUCUCACCAGCAGAUGGAGAAGUACCGGGACCAGCCAGCUCAUUCCGAGAAGAUCGCCUACCAACAGCGCCUCCUUCAGGAGGACCUGGUCCACAUUCGAGCAGACAUGUCUAGAGUGGCAACGGAGAUGGAGAGAGCAUGGGAUGAAUACAGCAGACUGGAGCAGUCAGUGGAACAGCUGAGGAACUUUUUACAGGCUGAGAUGAAUACGUGUCCUUCCCUUCAGGAGAAGACUCAGUUGAGAAAGGAGCUCUGGAGAAUAGAAGAUGUGAUCUCUGGACUCAGUUCCACCAAAGAAACCUUCAAAAUCACUAUAGACUCUGUAAAAAACCCAGAGAGAAAACUUGUGCCUUCAAUAACAGAAUCGACAGUGCCUUCUCGGUGCAUUACCCCAGCAGCAGAUGAGGUGCGCUCACCCCAGCGCAGUCUUGCCUCCAGUCCAUUAUCACUUCCCCCGGACAAUGAAUUUCCCCUGCAGCAUACUGUGUCAAAACUGGAAGAUGAUUAUGCUCCACCCAGACCACCUUUGCCCCUUCUCUAUGAUGAGGACACACCCCCGGUUGUCCCUCCCCUCCCUAAAGAAACGUCAGUCAUCAGACACACUUCAGUACGUGGCCUCAAGCGUCAGUCUGAUGAGAGGAAACGUGACCGUGAAAGCAACUACAACUACGUGAACGGAGAUUGCAGGGUGGAGCUGAGAUCCUACCUAAGUGAACCAGAGCUCCCUUGGAGUGUUCAUGGAUCAGAUCAGGUGGACCAAGGCUACCUGACUUUUCAAAGAAGAGGUUUGUCAGGCUCCUCCUCCAGAAUAAAUCAAUCCAGCAGUUUGACUUCCUGUUCAGAAAGGAGAGGAGAUUCAGCGUUACCCACAAUGGAAAGACCAAAGAGUGCCUUGGAGCGUCUGUGUUCAGGUGAAUCUCAGCCUGAUGAUCACCUUCCACAGAGAGCGAGGAUGAGCGUGGAAGAGCAGCUGGAGAGGAUGAAGAGGCACCAGAGAGCUUUAGUGCGCGAACGCAAACGAAACUUGAGUCAGGGCGAGCGACAGUCCAUCGGCUCCCGCGCCUCCGGACGGCCCGUCGGCUCUGACCCAGGAUCAGGCUGGGAGAAAGACAUUUAUUUGCAGCGAAUAAAACGUACAGUGCAGAGGCAGGAGAAACAGCGGCCCGCAUCAGAUGAAUGGCUGAUGGUUCGAGCCAGGCCAAUGAAAGAAGAUGAUUUGGAUCCUGUGGACUUUGAGUUUGACAUUAUCCGAGAGAUCUCUACACCACAGAAAGUGCCCAUCCCAAAGAGACUCAUGGACAUGGAUCUGGAUGAAGACCUGAGUCAAGAGGAGAAAGAGGCUCGUUCUCGAAACGUAGCAAAGAUAAAAAGUCUUCUGGCUAGGUCGAGUGUGAAGUCUGUAGAUGGAGAGCAAGUAGAUUUCAGUGAUCUGGAUCAUGCGCUUCAACAGCAGGAGAGGAUCAUGAGUGUACCUCUGGCUUUGGCCUCAGAGGCCUCCAUCAAGAGGAAACAGGUCACAGCCAAAGCCAUGUCUGGGAACUAAAACAUGUUGAGAUGCCCAAAGAUUGAUUUUUGUACCAAAUAUUUAUAAUUCACAUUCAUUCUCUAAAUAAAACUGUUUUGUAUUUAAGAUGAAAUAUUUUUAAUGUUUUUUUAUUUACUUGUGCAUUUUACCAGCUAUGUUGCCCGAUGUUUUUUCCUAAACAUGCAUUUGCAACGUUUGCAUGGUAUUACUGUAAUUUGAAUUACAAAUCAUGUAAUCUUGACUUGAGGUACUUCAUUGU